GGCGCGGCGGAGGGCGGCGCUCGUCCGGGCGGUCGUCUGUUUGGGUUCCGGGCGCCGCAGCUGACGCGGACGGAGGCAGGCGAGUGGCCGCCGCGGCGCCCGUGACUGCCCGCGUCCCGGUAAGACCAUGAAUUAUGGAAUUAUUUAAGUGAAGCACUCAGGAGUGAAAUGAGAGAAUGUCACAUAGAAAAUAAAUGAUUUUUAAGUUAUGUCUAUUAAUUUGACUUUAGAUAUAUAUAUUUACCUCCUCAGUAAUGCAAGAAGUCUUUGUCGGAAUCAGAAAAGCAAACAGCUGCGUUUUGUGUGUUCUAAACAUUACUGGCGAAUGCCCCAUAUCAAUGUGCACAGAGAUUUUCACACAAGUAAGAGAAGCUGUAGGUGGAACACAGGUGAAGCGCAUUGCAGUAAGCACUGGCCCUCUCCAAGCAACCAUGGCUUACAUAUUGGAAUUUUGAAACUUAGCACUUCUGCUCCCAAGGGACUUACAAAAGUGAGCAUUCAUAUGUCCCGUAUUAAAAGUACUUUGAAUUCUGUUUCAAAGGCUAUUUUUGGCAGUCAAAAUGAAAUGGUUUCACGGUUAGCUCAGUUUAAGCCAAAUUCUCGAAUAUUAAGAAAAGUAUCAGAUAGGGGCUGGUUAGAACAAAAAAAAGUUAAACAAACCAUUGAGUCUCUGAAAAACUAUAGUGAUAAAUCAGCAGAAAAGAAUUCUUUUGUGGAACAGAAAAGCUACAUUGCAGAUAAAGAAGACGAUGCAGGUAAACGGAGCCUUUUCCAUUACACGUACACCAUAACCACCAGAUUUGGAGAGUCAUUCUACUUUUUAGCGAACCAUAUUAAUUCAUACUUCAGUCGCAAGGAAAAAAUGUCUCAAACAAAGGAAGUUAAACAUCUUCAGGACAAAACAGACCUUGAAGAAGAGAAAUCCAGUUCUCCUGACCCCAACAUCGUGACAGACAGGCCAGACUCAGGAUCUUCCCUAGAUGCUGGGGACAAACCUUCCAGCCCUAGCCAGACGCCAGAGGUUCUUCCGGUGUCUGCAAAGCAAAGUAUUGCUAACUUCCUUUCUCGUCCCACUGAGGGCGUACAAGCCUUAGUCGGUGGUUACAUUGGUGGACUUGUACCCAAAUUAAAGUCUGACUCAAAGAGUCAGCCAGAAGGACAGGAAGAGCCUGCUAAAACUGAGCAAACUGUCAGCAAAGACAAGAAGGCAGAGGAGAAAAAACGUGUGUCUCUUCAGCGAGAAAAGAUUAUUGCAAGAGUGAGUAUUGAUAACAGAACUCGAGCCUUAGUUCAGGCCUUAAGAAGAACAACCGACCCAAAGCUCUGUAUUACCAGGGUUGAAGAACUGACUUUUCAUCUUCUAGAAUUUCCUGAAGGAAAAGGAGUGGCUGUUAAGGAAAAAAUUAUUCCGUAUUUAUUACGACUUAGACAAAUUAAAGAUGAGACUCUUCAGGCUGCAGUUAGAGAAAUUUUGGCCUUAAUUGGUUAUGUGGAUCCAGUGAAAGGCAGAGGAAUCCGAAUCCUCACAAUUGAUGGUGGAGGAACAAGAGGUGUGGUUGCUCUUCAGACUCUGAGGAAAUUGGUUGAACUUACUCAGAAGCCAAUUCAUGAGCUGUUUGAUUACAUCUGUGGUGUAAGCACAGGGGCCAUAUUAGCGUUCAUGCUGGGAUUGUUCCACAUGCCGCUGGAUGAAUGUGAGGAACUCUAUAGAAAGUUGGGAUCGGAUGUGUUCUCACAGAACGUCAUUGUCGGGACAGUCAAAAUGAGUUGGAGCCAUGCAUUUUAUGACAGUCACACGUGGGAAAAGAUCCUUAAGGAUAGAAUGGGAUCUGCACUAAUGAUUGAAACAGCGAGAGACCCAGCAUGUCCUAAGGUGAGUGCUGAUGGAGGUUUGCUUCUGAAUAACCCUUCAGCCCUGGCCAUGCAUGAGUGUAAAUGUCUCUGGCCUAAUGUACCAUUAGAGUGUAUAGUGUCCCUGGGCACAGGACGGUAUGAGAGUGACGUGAGGAAUACUGCCACCUACACAAGCCUGAGGACAAAGCUCUCGAAUGUCAUCAACAGUGCUACGGAUACAGAGGAAGUCCAUAUAAUGCUGGAUGGUCUAUUACCUCCUGACACAUAUUUUAGAUUCAAUCCUGUCAUGUGUGAAAACAUACCGCUAGAUGAAAGUCGAAAUGAAAAGCUGGAUCAGCUGCAGCUGGAAGGGAUGAAGUAUAUAGAAAGAAAUGAACAAAAGAUGAAAAAAGUUGCAAAAAUAUUAAGUCAAGAAAAAACAACUCUUCAAAAGAUCAAUGAUUGGAUAAAAUUAAAAACUGACAUGUAUGAAGGCCUUCCAUUUUUUUCAAAAUUGUGAAGAGGGUAUGCAUCUGUUCGCGCAAGUGAAGGCCGUGAGGAGAUCCACCAGAGUGAGUGAGUUUCUGUGGGAUACUGAGUGGAUUCUGGGAAAUCAAUCCUGAGACAGGUGAUGUUCUGAACAGCUCACACCUCAUGGAAGAUGUUUGGUUACAGACAUCGUAUGGGAAUUAAGUAUUUAAGAUGUUCAUAACCUUUAGGCAUUUUAUUACUGUGCUAGUUGGUUUUAGUAUCUCUUGGUCUUAAAUUGUUUGAUGUUGAAAAUUUAUUAAUAUAUGUGCCAAACAAGAAAUGGGAGCGUUGUACUCUGUGCUUUGCUUUUGGUCAUCUCAAUCAUGUGGGUUUGUGUGACCAUUGAUUUCCUUCACAUUUACACCACUCAGCAUUCACUGGGCGUACCUGCAGUCCACCUGCUGCCUUUCACUGCAGGUAGCAUUUAAAGAGAUGCAGAGAGUGGGAUUUCCAUACAGAGGACCUGUAUGUUUGAAAUAGGAAAGCACUGGAUGCAGUUUUCUAUGUAAAGAGGUUGGUGAAUUUCCAGUGAGCUAACUUCCUCUUGAAAUUUGAAGAUAACGGUCACUUUUCUAAAUCGAAUGCUGUCUUCUCAUUCACUGUUACAGAAUCAGUUGUUUGAUUUUACUGAGACAAUAUUCUUAUCAUUAACAAAAUAAACUGUUAAGUGAUCAUCUGUGAAAGGCUAAUGCCAUUUUAAAGUUUUUUAUUGCUCAUAAUGAUUGCCCAGUUUCUUGUAGCAUUUACAAAGAAAUGUUAGUCUAUUUAGAUUUACUUCAGUAAUCCCUGUUUGGGUUUUACCGAAGUCAGAACUUGGUUCUGUAGCCGAAUAAAUUCUUCUUUGCUGUAUUAUUUCCUUUGUAAAUCUUUACAUUGUGUUGAAAUUUCCCAUGAAAAAUGAAACCAAGGUAUGUACACUUUGAAUUAUACACACAAACUAACACUGACCCUGUUUCCUGUGUUGUCAUGGUGUUUGUACUGAGAUGGGUGAGCACUGUGGAGUGGUGGAGGCUGUGGUUAUCAGUCUGCUUCUGUCUGCUCUAUAGCAGCUUCUGGGCAUGACCCUGAGGACAGUGGGCAGUUUGGGAGACUCAGAUCUUCCAUUUGUAAAAGAAGAAAAGGCAGUGGUCAAAUCUUGUGACUUCUCAUGCAUAUUUUAGGUACAAAUAAAUAAGCUUCCAGUGAUUUUAGAAUAUAAUUAAAAUAAUCCUCUUUAGACUAUAAAUAUAAACUUUUACAUAGCUAGACUGACUACCGUAAGAAAUACAGAAAUUACUGGAAAUCUGCAUAUGAUGGUGAUCCUUUAUAAUAGAUUUCAAGCACAAGCCACCAAGCGACCACAUAGGUGUACAUUGUGAGGUUCUCUUCUACUUUCUGGUGCUGCUCAUGCUUUGCAGCGUAAGUCCACUUUUCCUUGUCUGUGCUUUGUUAGUCAUUGCCAGGGAUACUCAGUGCCCAGUUUCUUUCUUCAGCCUAUGCUCUUUCAUCCUGACAAAGUAUAGCCAUUUGUGUGGUGUGAAAGUGUUUGUUCUUAUCCCCUCAGGUGCUCAAGGCUGAUUAUCCAAAGUACUGAGUGAUUCCUUGAGAUAACGUUUCAUUCUGUAAUGAAAACAGUGUUCUUUGUGUCCAAAAGCAAGGAACUAGGACUCAGAAUGGUAGAACUAAGACCACUGCACACUCAGAAAAACACUGUCAUCUUAACUAGAAUGUACUCUCCUGUACAUUCAGUAAGCUGAAUCUGUGAUGUUGGGUUCAGUUGGAGAGAACAUGUACUUGUGGACAUGUUACCUCUUUGCAAGAGCACAUUAUCUCAGUAUUCAGGUUUGUGGACAUAUCUCGUGUCCUUAGCCAUACAGUGGCACUCUCCUUGUGCUGGCACCUCUGAAAGGACUCACAGAUGUAUGGAGAGGGGCUGGAGGAGAUGAUGCCCGACCUUUCUUACCUAGUAUGCCGACAUUGCAGCCAUUCAGAAGGAGCUGUCUGUCUACAAAAUGGCCACAAAUGCCCACAGUGAAUUUCUUUGACAGGAAAUUGAAGAUGUCUUCUGUGUAGUUAGGAUGCAUAAACCAUUUGGAAAAUUCUACUUUGGUUCCAUUCCAACAAAUUCUUUUCACAUUCAUUGCACUGUGUUCUUUUUUGUUGUUGUUUCUUGCCAAGUUUAAAUACAACAGAACUGUUCACUUAA